AUGUCUUCCAAAUCGUUGUUCGUUGUGGAGCAGGAAGCGAACCACAACUCGAAUCGGUUGGUGGACCGAUUUGUUGAUGGAUUACAUUACUAUAGCGCGAUUUUUGAUUCGAUAGACGCAACAUUUGGGAAUACUAGACCGACUAGAGAGCAAGCACAAGGGAGGAUUAUGUUGAAGGAGAUGUUUGGGAGGGAGAUUGAGAACAUGGUGGCAUAUGAAGGGCUGGAUAGGGUGGAGAGGCCUGAGCGAUUCUCGAGAUGGGAAUUGAGGAUGACUCGAGUUGGCUUUCGACCGGUCCGAAUGUGGUACAACUCGGAUGAAGAUGCCAAGCAAAUGGUAGGACUGCCGGAUGAGAGUAAACAUGCUGCAAAGGUGCCAAUGGUUCUUGCUGUUACACUUGAUUGGUUUUCAGUCAUAACAGAAGUACAGGAGGAAAUCACUGGAUAG